UUCUUGUUUGCGAAUAUUUAGAAAUCAUGCAACGGAAAUGAAGAUCUGUUUGAAAACCGUAUCAUUGUUUGCAAGAAAUAUCGGAGGUUUCUGUCGUGAAAACAUAUGGCAAAAGCAUAACUUGACCGCUCCUAAUCCUGUGUUAAGUCGCUUUUUUCGGCAUUUUAUGGCUGGAGCAAGCACUUCACAAAAUAGUACACAGUUAAAUGAGACGCCAUUUACUCCUAAAAAAGCUCUCAUUUUAACUAAAUUUUCUCGUUAUGAAUUUGAGAAAAGAACACAUUCCGACCUAUCAGAGGACGAACUUAUUAAAAAUCUUCAUUUUCAGCUUGAAGACCGUGGAUCUGAUUAUAAUAAUCUCUUGCAACAUCAUCAAAUUCAUAUGAAGAAUAGGGAACUGGUGGUCAAAACAUUACAAGAUCAUGGUAUUGAAACCAAAGUUGUCAAUCGAUUUGAAUACUCAGAUUCCAAUAUUGAUUGGGCAGAUGUGAUAUUUACAACUGGUGGGGAUGGAACUUUUUUAAUGGCAGCUAGCAAAAUAAAAAACAGAGAUAAACCUCUUAUUGGAAUUAAUAGUGAUCCUACUAGAUCUCUGGGGCAUUUAUGUCUUCCAUCCUUUUAUACAGAAAAUUUCCCAGAAGCAGUGAAUAGGUUAAAAGCUGGAAAUUUCAAAUGGAUGCAUCGUCAAAGGAUAAAGAUCUCCUUAAGUGGUGAAAAUGCUUUUGAUCCACCAAUAGAGUUACAUGAUCAGCAGUUACAAUAUCCUGAAUAUCGCUUUCUUGAUUGUGUUGAAGGCCAUCACAAGUCUAAUUCUCCAAAAGUUCCUAAAUUGGAUAAAUGCACUAAGCCUAAAUGUUUGCAUGAAUUGCCUGUAAGAGCUUUAAAUGAAGUGUUUAUUGGAGAAUGUUUAUCCUCUAGGGUAUCAUAUUAUGAACUAUCUAUAAAUUCAGCUCCCAAAGAAAAAUUAAAAAGUUCUGGUCUGACAGUUUGUACUGGAACAGGAUCAACCUCUUGGUCAUUUAACAUUAACAAAGUAACAGAACAAUGUGUGAAACAUCUCUUAAAAAUAACUUCGGAAGAAACAAAAAUUGAAAUACCUGUUUCAAAUAAAACUUUGAUUACGCAGAUCACUAACAAAUUCAACAAUUCUCUUAUAUUUGAUCCUACAAAGUUAUUGAUGGCCUAUACAUUGAGAGAUCCUAUUAUGUUUGGGAUGGGAUUCAAAUGUAAACCUCGAGGCUUUGCAGAAAGAAUUGAAAUAAAAUCUAGAAUGUUUGAUGCCUGCCUGGUCAUUGAUGGUGGUUUGUCAUUUGCCUUUAAUGAUGGUGCUACUGCAGUUUUGGAAAUAUCUGACGAGGAUGCUUUGCUUACGAUCACUCUCCCAGAUUAAUAUGAAUAAACAUAAACAUUCCUAAUAGUUAAGUGUUGGUUCAAUUCCUCUCUCCUUUCAAAGUGCAAUCUGGAAAACAAUUUUAAGAGAGGAAUAUUUUCAAAUAGUGUGCCUUAAAAGUCAAAAUGUUGUUAUUAAUUUUAGUUGGUGCCAAAUGGGAGUUUUUAUAAAAGCAUAUAAAUCAUAAAUUUACUUAAUAAAAUUACAUAUUUCAAGUAAAAUUAAACAAUAUUUUCCAAAUUUCAAAAUAUUGUCUUAUUUUAAUGAAGGUUGCAUUCUUAGCUAGUGUUUAAAUAUUACUAAUAAUAAAAUUUUGAUAAUAAAACUUUUGUAUUUAAUAAUUCAAAAUAAAUUUUUUAUCCAAACUGCUGAAUGCACUUUAAAAUAAAACAUUUUGUCAUCAUUGAACUAACUAUAUAAGUCAUAAGUAAAUUUUAAAAUCAUGUUUGUAAAAGCAAAUUUCUUAAAAUACAAAUAUAGAAUUAUCGAAUUAUUUUGUUUAAACAAUUUGUGGAGGGGAUUUAUAAUUAUAAACAAACUUAAGUGAGAGAUACUAUAAAUUGUAAUUUUUUUUCCCUUCUGAAUAAAAAUAGUUAUAAUAUUUGAUGCAAUAGAAACUUGAUUCUUUUGUUUAUUUUAUAUUGUAUUCAUUUGGUAAAAAAAAAAUGAAUUUAUAAGGUGAAAAAUUCAGUGUCAUGCAGCUUUUAAUCUUAUAAAUUCAUUGUUUGCCAUGUGUUUAUUUUGUUGUGUGCAAAUAGAAAUCUUUAUUACUAAAUCAAUUUUCACUAGCAUAACACUGCUGCCAUCUGUUUUGUUUUUGCCCUGGAAUAUAUUACCUCAGGGACCAUAUUAGCUAAUUAUAGAAGAUUUAUAGUACCUGAAAUAAACAAGUUGGUUGCUUUGUUAUAUUAAGUGGAGUCACGUUUUUUCUAAUUUUACUAUAUAUAUAAUAUUCUUUUAAGAUGAAUUUUUUUUAAAUAUAUCUGUGUUCUUUUUCUUCGAAUGAGGUAAAGUAUUUUUGCAAAUUUGUUUUAUAAGAAAUGAACAAUAAGGUUUUAAAGGCAUAAAAUGUAAAUUAUCAGUUGAGGUAAUAAUUACUUCUAAUACCUUCUUGACAUUCUUGCUGUAACUUUUGUUCAUGUCUGUAAUAGGAAAAUUAUUAAAGCUGAUUUAGUUUAUUUUUAUAUGCCUUAGCUAUUAAGAUUUUUCAUGGCAUUUUUCCGCAAAAAUAUAAGCUAAAGAGAAUUAUUGCAAAUGCUACAAUAAUCUUAAAAAUUUAUUUAAAUGCUUUAAAUAUAAAUACUAGAUUUUUUUUAAAUAUGUUUGGUAUGUUUUUUAUUAAAGGUGCACAAGGUUUUUUUUUUUUUUUUUUUUCAUGUUUUAUUUUAAUGAAAUCUACUGAGUUUUCUUCCAAAAAUAAGAAAUUGCUUAUUAUCAUAUUGAACAAUUUGGAAUUCUUAUGUUAAAACUUAUGUUUAAUCAGAAUAUAUAAUAUAAUAAAUAGUACAAAAUAGUUAUGUUCCCCCCUGAUCAGUACAGUGUAUAAUAAUUUUUAAACAGUAUAUUUUAAUUUUUAAAAUGUUUCCGUGCUUUUGCCAAAUUUGUAAUUUUGAUUUUUUUCAAUUAAUGUACAAAAUUAAAUUAUUUUUAAAGUAUGUAGAGAGU